AUGGGACAAUGUUGUUCAUUUCAUGUUGAAAGUUAUCAUGUCGAGAAUCGUGAAGAGGAAAGAGAGGUUGAACAUGAAGAUCUGAUAUUUAGAGGCCAUGCUGGGGCACAUGUUAGGCUGCAAGGAUCAUCUAAAUUUGUAUCAAUGUAUACUCAGCAAGGGAAAAAGGGGGCCAACCAAGACGCCAUGACUGUUUGGGAGAACUUUUCAGGUGCGAAAGACACAUUCUUUUGUGCUGUGUUCGAUGGACAUGGCCCAUCUGGCCACAAGGUGGCACGCUACAUUCGCGAUGUUUUGCCAGCAAAAAUUUCAAUGUUAUAUAAUAAGUCAAAUGUUAGGGGCAAAAAUGGUAGUUUUGCAGAGAAAAAUGCAAAUGCUGAAGGGAAAAUUGGCAAUGGUCAUCCAUUUUUGUCAUCAUGGAAAGAUAAAAUAAUAAAGUCUUUCCAGGAAAUGGAUGAAGAACUUGAGGGUGAAGCAUCUAUUGAAAGCUACUGCAGUGGUACAACCUCAGUGGCUAUACUUAGAAAGGGUGAACACCUUAUAAUUUCGAACUUAGGGGAUUCUCGUGCUGUUCUAUGCACUCGAGACGACAAAGAUCAACUUAUUUCUGAACAACUCACAGUUGAUAUGAAGCCAAAUCUUCCAAGAGAAAUGGAACGAAUUAAAAGUUGCCAAGGCAGAGUUUUGGCAAUGGAUAAAGAACCAAACGUGUACAGAAUAUGGAUGCCAGAUGAAGAUUGCCCCGGUCUUGCCAUGGCAAGAGCUUUUGGAGAUUUUUGCUUAAAAGAUUUCGGCCUUAUCUCAACCCCUGAAGUCACUUACAGAAAGCUGACACAAAGAGAUGAAUUUGUCGUCUUAGCAACCGAUGGGAUAUGGGAUGUGUUAUCGAACAAUGAAGUAGUACGUAUUGUGGCUUCAGCGAAGAAACGAUCUUUGGCAGCUAAACUGUUGGUGGAUCAAGCUGUUCGAGCCUGGAGAUACAAGUAUCCGUCUGCCAAGAUUGAUGAUUGUGCCGUCAUAUGCUUGUUCUUCAAACGCCCGAGACCUUUGUUAACUAAGUCCAUAUCAGAAGUGACUGAACCGAGCUUGAAUCAUACAGAACUCGGAGAGCAUAGUUAUAUUGGAAAUGCGAGAACUGAUGAUGGGCUCGAUACAGUUUUGAACUGUAACGUGGAAGAAAGCCCGGAAACUGCUCCUAAUGGUGGUGAUCGAUUGGAUUCUGCAACACAUCGGCCUCGAAAAAGAAGAUCAGAAAAGAAAAUUGAUCAGGUUGGAGACUGA